CCCUCCCCCCCGGUGCUCCGACAGAGACAGGCAAAAGGCGGAGGAGGAGCAACGGACCUCACAAUCAACAGACGCGGGGUGUACAGCAGUCGGUCGGUCGGUCGGUAGCCGGCAGAAGCCCACGGAGGGAAGAAGACUUCAGCUAACGGCUAUUUUCUGUUGACCAGUUAAGAGCCGGCAGAGAGACGAACAGUAGAGAAAAGCCAGCACGGGCGGAGAGGAUAAUUGCAUUUCUGGCUGCCCCGUGGGAACAUGGGAUAUAUGACCUCAUCAUUCACCUGUGAGGCUCUCCAGUAAACAACUCCAGAUAGAAGGAUGACUGAAGCUCUAGAAAGCACAGAUGUCCUCUUAAAAUCCUGCGAUGUGACAUCAUGUGACAUCAUCACCGACUCCUCCCCUCCACCAUGUCCGUCUCUUUGCAAUCAGAGGGAGGACGAGGAAUGUCAACAUGACAUUAAGAAACUUGAGCAACAGAAACUCUGCAACCAGGUGCACCCAAAGAAAAAAGUGAAGCCCAAAGGAAAGUUAGUUCGGAGUGUGGCUGUCUGCGAAGAUUCCUCACCCUUUGAGGACACCAAGGCAUCUCCGGAAGCAAACAUCUCAUCAAGCUGCCAUGACAACGAGAGGACUUCCUGUAAGGAGGAAGAGCAAGAGAAGAGCACAGAUCCAAAGAAGCAUUCACUGUCCAAAGAGUCCAGUGUGGAGUACACAGACUCCACUGGCAUAGACCUGCACCAGUUUAUCGUUGACACCCUCAACAGCAACCCCAGAGACCGUAUGAUGCUGCUUAAACUGGAGCAGGACAUGAUUGACUUCAUCACCAGCAAUAGUCCCUUUAAGAAGUUCCCUCACAUGUCGUCCUACCACCGUAUGCUGGUCCAUCGGGUGGCGGCCUACUUUGGCAUGGAGCACAAUGUAGACCAGACAGGCAAGUCUGUCAUCAUCAACAGGACGAACAGCACACGCAUACCAGAGCAGUGUUUUCUGGACCAGGUGCAUAAGGACAAAGUACAAGAUAUCCAUCAACGGAAAAUUAUUCUGAAGAGGGACAACAGCUCAGAUGACCAGAUCAAACUUCACCCCUUACAGGAGAAGCAAAGCAAGUCAAUGGAAGAGAGACAGGAGGAGUACCUAAGAGUACGAGACCGAAUCUUCAAGGAGCCACCCUGCACCCAAGAGAGCACCCAGGCAGAAAUCAGGGCUGUGGAGGAGUACAAUCCAUAUGCUGAGACCCAGAGGAGAAGGCAGCUCUUCAGGGGGAGCCGUGACAGCUCAGGCUCUAGCUGGACAGGCAGCAGCAGGCAGAGCAGUACUGAGACUGACUGCCGCUACAGCAACGACCCCCGUCCCUGGAGCAGCACGGACUCGGAUUCCUCCUUCCAGUGGACAAGUCCGGCUCCGAAACACCGCCAACCUGCCAACUCCAGCUGGGAUUCACGUGGCUCAGGCUCCAUUUCUCUCUACAGACUACCCUCAACCUGUACCCACCCUGCCUCUCCUUCUAUAGACGAACCUGCUGCCUACAUCAUGGAGAACGGGAUCCCGCCUGGAAGCAUAUUAGUCAACCCCCAUACUGGGCAGCCUUUCCUCAACCCCGACGGGUCCCCUGCUGUGUACAACCCUCCAGACAAUCAGCAGCCAAUCAGAAGCCAGACACAGCUGCAAGGUUCUCCCCCUCAGCAGCAGCAGCAGGUGGUUCAGUACUCGUCUGUGUCUUACACGGCUCCACAGAUGUUGCCUGUCUCUCCCUCACAGCCAUACUCUACAAUUGAAGAUCUCUCCUCGCAGUUUGCUCACGUGAGCUGCCAGUCAACGGGUGAAGCCCCAUCCCUCUACCCUCCAAGUCAGGGUUUCAUCUAUGCAGCUCCUCCCCCUCCUCCUCCCCCUCCCAACCCGCCCAGCUACUGCCAACCCACACCUCAGGUGCCUGUAUAUUUCUACGGCCAGUACCCUACCUCAGCUCAGCACCCAUGCAAACCUGUCUCACCCAGCCAGCACAUCCACAGCCAGGCAGCACAACCCACAGCAGGCUUUGCUCCUACUGCGGGGGUGCAGCAGUCUUCGCACAACCAGGCUGUGCUAGGAACCUUCUCAUCGAUGGCCUCUCAUCAGCGUAGCAUGGUUCAGGGAGGCGUUUCAGUGUCCUACCCCCAAAGUAAAGUUGUGAGUGCGGUUGGUGGAGAGGCGGGUUACUGCUGUGUGGUGCCCCCACCCUCCCAUCAUGGCAGCUGCCAUCCUCCCAGCUGCACCAACCUCAGCAGUACGGCCUGGGGCGCGCCGUUCUGAUGGUGCCUCCAUGGACGGAGAGCGAUGAUACGUUCAGUUCCUGUGUGAACUCACAAGCAUACACACACUUUACACAAACUCCUUUUUUCACACUCCUUCCUCACCUACACCCGCCUUCUUCCUGAUGAUGCCCGCAGGGUACGUCGUUCACACUCUUAACAAGCAUGUCCACACACUCUCACACUGAUGAAUUAAUGUCCUACUGUACCAAAGCUUAACAGUAUAUAUCAAAGCUGCUUUAUUGAAUGCAUAAUUUAUAUACACAAAUGGAGUUUUAUAUUGAUAUUAAAUUAUAUAUUGUGUUUUAAGGAAAUGCACUGUGUGAAAAAAUAAAGUGCUGUGGCUAGAUUGAUGAUGUCACAUUUCUAUAUGAUCCUGG